UAUAAUAACCUCGCGUUACUGAUGAUUCUGAGAAGGAGAAGGGAAAUGACGAGAAGGAAGAUACAGAUAAAGAAAAUUGACAGUAUAACAGCAAGACAAGUGACUUUCUCAAAGAGAAGGAAAGGUCUCUUCAAGAAGGCACAUGAACUCUCGACUCUUUGUGAUGCUGAGAUUGCCCUCUUAGUCUUCUCGUCUACUGGCAAGCUCUUUGAUUAUGCUAGCUCAAGUACUUCUGUUUCUCGGGUAAUUGAAAGGUACGAUCAACAUUCUACUGUUCAAAGACUAGGCCAAUCAUCUGCUGAUCUGCAGAAUAUGUACAAGCUUGGAGGUGAUGAGAAUAAGCUGCACAAGGUAGUAGCAGAAAGGACUCGUGGAUUGAGGCAAUUGAAUGGGGAAGAACUUCAAGAAUGCACACUUGAAGAAUUGCAGAAACUAGAGGAAAGACUUCAAAGAGGCUUGUCCCACGUUUCAAAAACAAAGCUAUAA